AUGAUGUCCGGUGCUUUGCAAGCCAGCAUCACCAACACGAUGGAGGGCCACCGUGGAAUUGCUGGCUGGCGGUGGCUCUUCAUAUUAAAUGCUAUCAUAACCGUAGUAUGGGGUUGUGCCGGCGUCUUCAUGCUCCCUGACCUGCCAAACAAACCCAACCCCCGCGCGGUUUGGUUUACGAAGGACCACGCCGAGCUGUCGAUGGAGAGACUAGUCCGCCACGGCCGCGUGGAACCGAAGCGGAUGACUUGGGCGGGAGUCAGUCGCACAUUCUCAAGCUGGGUAGUGUAUUUCAUUGCGGCUCUAUAUAUCGCGACCGUGCUGGGGACGUACGGAUAUGUCUACUUCGGACUCUUUCUCAAGUCGCAGAAGAACGCAGACGGAAGUUCUCGAUGGAGUGUUUCACAGGUUAAUGCGAUCCCGAUCGGCGGUUCGGUGAUUAAUGUUGUCUUUGUGUGGGUCUGGGCUUUGCUUUCUGACUUUAUGGAGACGCGCUGGACGCUAAUUGUCGCCCAAGCUGUGCUCGGGAUAAUCCCAUGCAUUACCAUGAGCAUUUGGACAUCCCAUCCCACAAAGAUAGCUAUAUCAGCUGCAUACGCAUCUUAUUUCAUUUCAUAUAUUUGUCUGGGGACAGCACCAUUGAUCUUCUCUUGGCUUUCCGAUAUCACCCCGCAGGACCCUGAGGCGCGUUCGUUGAUUGUCGGCGUCAGCGUUGCGGGAUACUACUCCCUAAGUGCGUGGUCUCAGGUCUUGGUUUGGCCUGCUUCGCAAACGCCACAUUAUAAGUAUGGCUGGCAAUCAUCUAUUGCGCUGUUGGUCCUUGUGAUCACCAUGACAUGCGUCUUGCGAGUGAUCGAUGUCCGCUACCUGCUGCCGCAGCGUGUGGCUUUCCGUGCUACCCUCAACAGCGAUGGUCUGGCAAAGGCAUCCUCAAGCAAAGUUGAUAAUGAAAGCAAAACGAACACAGCUGUAGUCGUCUCCUAG